AUGUCAGCUUCUUCAGUUGCUUCCUUGCUACGUGCAUCUCCUCUCUACCUUUAUUCUCGUCGCUCUCUCCUCCUCCUCCUGCCUACCCACCUGCCGACACCUGCAGCUACCACCAGUACUCUUGCUGUUGCAUCAAACUGCUCUCAGGCCCCAACGCCAUCACAUCAGUAUCGUCUUGUCCACGCCGUCUCCUUCAACCCUCACCGCACAAUGUUUCUCUUUCGCCACAGCGCCGAGCCGAAGGAAAAUGACGAGGCGCACCACGACCCGGUCGACAACGCGAUAAAGCAAGAAGAAACCGCUCUCGCUGCACCUGAAGAGCACAAAGCCUCAGCGGAGAUGGCCGGCAACGACGCCUUGCAUGAAGUUUCUAGCUCGGCGGACUCGUACGAGUCCCCGGAGAGCGCACGGAACCCCUCGCGCGAAGGUACAGUGCCGCCGCCCGAUCUGGGUGAUAUGAUGGAACACCCGUAUCAGCACCACGAAGACGAUGUGGAGGCAGAUGUGGCAGCCACUGUCCCGGCUACCUCAGCACCAAUGCCAGCCAACGGCAUCUCGACACUUCCGAUGCCGCGCACCUACAACGCCGCCCCUCCGACUGCGGUGAACGGGAACGGCGUGCAGCGUCAUGACAGCCACUCGUACAACUCACGUGGUGCAGCGCCGUCGCCGCGCUCGACCAGCGGCAUCAGUCGUGGUCGCUCCUACUCGCUCAGCGGUCUCAGCGCCGCUGAGCUGGCGGAUGUGUACGAUCAGCAAUACCGCCGCUGCUCAUCUGUCGUCAGGUCCGCCCGCUCCCUCGUGGCACGGCGGGCCAGCUCUGUGAACGGCGUGGUCGGCGUCAUGGAUGGCUUCGGCACGUCGGCCAGCAGCCGCGGCAGCCCCAUGACCGAAGAGGAGCGCAUCGCAGUGGAACGAAUGAUGGAGAACGAGUACCGCCGACAGGAGGUGGCAGAGCGCAUGACGCAGUACGCGCUCGCGCGUGAGUCCAUCAUUGUCAAGGAGGAGCUCGCUCGCGAGAAGGCCACGUACAUGCGGCGCAUGCACAUGGAUGCAGAACUGCACGCGCGACUGGAGAAGAGCGGCCGCAACCGACAGGAACGCAUGGCCGCCGCGGCGCAACGUCGACAGGAGCAUGAGCAGGAGCGGCUUCGUAUUCUCUACGACUCGAUGGCGGAGAAAGACUCUCGCUACCACUUCCACAAUCCGUACGCGAUGAUGGCUGCGCAGCGCCGCUACAGCGUCGAGGUGCGUCACUCCGUCUCGAUCACCCCGCAGCGGCGGGCCUCCUCACCGUUCACAAUAAAGAGAAAUGGAAACUCCCUGACGAGCCCCCGCACGAACGAGGAGGUGACAAACGGUAAUACGGACGACCGCCGCACCUCGUCUCCAGUCACAAGGGCUCGUAGCACUAACCCGCGUAUCGACCAGUCGAAGCCACUCAAGUGCCUGCCGCUCGAUGCCUGGAAGGUUCCAGAGCAGCCGCGUAAGAAGUCACCCAAGAGAGACAGCUCCACUGCUCGCCGGGCUCUGUCGCCAAAGGCCUGGCGUGCUGCGGUGGUGCCCGAUCACCCGCGCCACUGGCACUAA